AUGGUUGAUGCAAACUUCAGAGAAGAAUUGUCUAGAAGGCGUGAAAAAGUAGAAGAUAUUUAUAAUUAUGAAGGAAAUAAGGUGGGCAGAGGUACCUAUGGACAUGUUUACAAAGCAAUGUUAAAAAAUGCACCCAUUGGAUCUGAAAAUAAAGCUUUUGCUUUAAAACUUAUUGAAGGACAAGGGUUUUCAAUGUCUGCGUGUCGUGAAGUUUCUCUUUUGCGGGAAUUGAAGUUUGUUUCUGAUUUUUUUUUAAUUUUCAAAAAAUUUUUUUUUUCAAGUCAUCAAAAUAUAAUUAAAUUAUUGCGUGUUUUCCUAACUGCUGAAAAACGUGUUUGGUUGCUUUUUGAUUAUGCUGAACACGAUUUGUGGCAUAUCAUAAAAUAUCAUAGAGCAGCAAAACAAAAGAAUCGUCCAGUUAUGGUACCCAAAGGAAUGGUGAAAAGUUUACUUUAUCAAAUAUUGGAAGGAAUUAAUUAUUUACAUGAUAAUUGGAUUAUGCAUAGGGAUUUGAAGCCAGCCAAUAUACUUGUUAUGGGUGAAGGAACAGGAAUUGAACGUGGAAGAGUUAAAAUUGCCGAUAUGGGGUUUGCUAGAGUUUUUCAUAUGCCUUUGAAGCCUUUAUCUGAUCUAGACCCAGUUGUCGUUACUUUUUGGUAUCGUGCACCUGAACUUUUGUUGUGCUCAAAACAUUAUACAAAGGUUUCUAAAAGAUUUUAAGGAGUUGGGUGUUGUGGUGUAGUGGGUUAAGUUUUUGGUGAGGGUCGGAAGUUCGAAUCCGCCUGGGAGUUUUUGACUUGUUUUUGUUUCUUUUUUCGUAUAAAAGUGUUUUCAACGUUUUAGAAUAAUUUUUAAACAUGCUAUUGAAUUUUGGGAGUGUUUAGGAAAAUGGUGGACAGUAGAUCCUUUGGAGAUCCUUUUUGGACAGGAGACCCUUUUUGGCCCAUAACUCUUUUGGGUUUUAACUUUUUCUCGAAAUU